GAGAGCAAAGCAAUUCGGAGAUCUUCUCAGUAGCGGUGGCAGUGAUUGGUGGCAGCCAGACUUCAGAGACUUAGGGAGGGACACCCGCCCUGUAAACACGGGGUGUCACGCAGGAGACAGAGAAAAGAGAGAGAGAAAGCUGAGGAGAGACCAAGUCGAGAGAAAGGAAAGAGCUCUGUAGGAACUACUACCCCCAGGUUUUUCGCCGCCCUCUCCCCUUGCCUCUGAGGACUGGGUGAAAAGGGGAGGGGAUGCUCUUGUGAGUUGCGCCUCCUUUCGUCGGGUCGGGUGCGUGAAUGCUGUGUGAUCUCCAAGUUUUCAGACUUGGAAAGAGCCUGAGACGCUGAGCCGGAGCUCAGAGGACCCACUGACUGGUCAGGAGGAGGACAGGCAACAGGCAUAGUUAGCAGGAGGCAGCAGCAGCAGCUACUUUGGGAAGCAACAGCAACAGCAGCAGCAGCAACAGUAACAGCAGCAGCAGCAGCAACGUCCCACCAGGGCUUGAACAUGGAAGUACAAUAAGAAAGAGGACCCCGGCAAACUUCAGUCUCUGCUGCGCUCCAGAUCUCCCAGGCGGCUCCUUUUUUCUGUCAACAUGAAAGACGAUUUUGCAGAAGAGGAGGAGGUGCAGUCCUUCGGUUACAAGAGGUUUGGUAUUCAAGAAGGAACACAAUGUACCAAAUGUAAAAAUAACUGGGCACUGAAGUUUUCUAUCAUAUUAUUAUAUAUUCUGUGUGCCUUGCUAACAAUCACAGUAGCCAUCCUGGGAUACAAAGUUGUAGAGAAAAUGGACAAUGUUACAGGUGGCAUGGAGACAUCACAUCUACGAUACAAUGAGAAACUCACAGAAGUGGAGAGUGGUCUGAAGAAAUUAGGAGACCAAACUGGGCAGAAAGCUGUGAGCACCAACACAGAACUUUCCUCCUUCAGAUCAGACAUACUAGAUCUUAGACAACAACUUCAUGAGAUUACAGAGAAAACCAGCAAGAAUAAGGAUGCACUAGAAAAGUUGCAGGAGAGCGGGAAUAUUCUGGAUGACAGACAGAGCCAAAUGAGAGAAACAUUGGAGAAUAACUCUUUCCUGAUCACCACUGUCAACAAAACCCUCCAGGCUUACAACGGCUAUGUCAACAAUCUGCAACAAGAUACAAGUGUUCUCCAGGGCAAUUUACAGAGCCAAAUGCAUUCACAUAAUGUGGUCAUCAUGAACUUAAACAACCUGAAUCUAACACAAGUGCAACAAAGAAACCUAAUUAACAGUCUGCAGAGGUCUGUGGAUGACACAAGCCAAGCUAUCCAGCGAAUUAAGAAUGACUUUCAAAAUCUGCAACAAGUUUUCCUUCAAGCAAGGAAAGAUACAGAUUGGCUUAAGGAGAAAGUGCAGAACUUGCAAACACUGGCUGCCAACAACUCUGCCUUAGCCAAAGCUAACAAUGAUACUCUAGAGGACAUGAAUAGCCAACUUAACUCUUUCAAUGGUCAGUUGGACAAUAUCACUACUAUCUCACAAGCCAAUGAACAGAACCUGAAAGACCUUCAAGACUACCACAAAGAGUCAGAAAACAGAACCACCACUAAGUUUAACCAGCUAGAGGAACGAUUUCAACUCUUUGAAACAGAUAUAGUUAAUAUCAUUAGCAACAUCAGCUAUACAGCCCACCACUUGCGGACACUGACUGGCAACCUGAAUGAUGUCAGGACAACUUGCACAGACACCUUAACCAAACACACAGAUGAUCUAACUUCCUUGAAUAAUACACUGGCCAACAUUCGCUUAGAUUCUACAACUCUCAGGAUGCAGCAAGAUGUCAUGAGAUCAAGGUUAGAUAUCGAAGUAGCCAACUUGUCUGUGAUCAUGGAAGAAAUGAAACUGGUCGACUCCAAGCAUGGUCAACUCAUCAAGAAUUUUACAAUACUACAAGGCCCUCCUGGUCCCCGAGGACCUAAAGGUGACAGGGGACCCCAAGGACCUCUUGGUCCUACUGGCAACAAAGGACAGAAAGGAGAAAAAGGAGAGGCUGGGCCACCAGGCCCAGUAGGGGAGAGAGGCCCUGUGGGGCCAAUCGGUCCUCCAGGGGACAAAGGCAGUAAGGGCUCCAAAGGGUCCCAAGGACCAAAAGGACAACGAGGAUCCCCUGGGAAGACUGGCCCACCGGGACCAAGUGGAGACCCAGGCCCUCCAGGUCCUGCUGGCAAGGAUGGUGCUCCUGGUCCCCAGGGUCCACCUGGCUUCCAAGGAUUACAAGGCACAGUGGGAGAGCCUGGAGUUCCUGGUCCCCGAGGACUUCCUGGACUACCUGGGGUCCCAGGUAUGCCGGGUCCAAAGGGACCACCUGGGCCCCCAGGCCCCUCAGGAGCCAUGGCACCGUUGGCCCUACAGAAUGAACCAACACCAGCACCAGUGCCUAACGGGUGCCCUCCUCACUGGAAGAACUACACAGACAAAUGCUACUAUUUUUCAACAGAAAAAGAAAUUUUUAAUGAUGCAAAACUUUUCUGUGAAGACAGGUCUUCACAUCUAGUCUUCAUAAACACAAGAGAAGAACAGCAAUGGAUAAAAAAGCAGAUGGUGGGAAGAGACAGUCUCUGGAUUGGGCUUACAGACUCUGAACAAGAGAAUGAGUGGAAGUGGCUAGAUGGGACUACCCUGAAAUACAUAAAUUGGAAACCAGGACAGCCUGAUAACUGGGGUCACGGCCAUGGACCAGGAGAAGACUGUGCUGGGCUAAUUUAUACUGGGCAAUGGAAUGAUUUCCAGUGUGAAGACAUUAACAACUUCAUUUGUGAAAAAGACAGGGAGCCAGCACCAACUUCUGCAUCAUAAUAAGCUGUGAAAUGAACAGACAUGAAUACAAAUUCUGAACGUCUCCCAAAAGUAAAGGAUGUGCCUUUCUGACUAAAUCACCUUCUCACCCCAUGGAAAAAGAAAGCACUGAAAACUGGUUCACAAAAAUACUGGCUGCAAGUUUUUCUUCUCUUCCACCUUUACUCAAGGACUUGGGACCUAAUCAAUGGUCAGUGCACAGCUGGAUGGAAUCCCAUAAUCUUUUUCAGCCAAUAGCCACCCGUGUAUGGGAAUUCUCACUUCAGAAGCACAGGGAUAUUCCAUUCUGAAUAAGAAUGCUUGUUACUCAGCUAUAGAAAAAAUUUAAACAUCUACUGUGUAAACAGCGUGUUACAUUUGCUAAAAUCCCAAAUGUAGGAAAAUUAUACAGAUAUACAUAUAUAUAUAGUCCAAACUCUUAGUAAUAAUAUGGAAUAUACUUUUAAGAGCUUUUAAAACUUUGUAUUUUUGUACAAAAUAUUUGCUUUUUUAUAUAUAUUUUUCUUUUUUAUGGUCAUUUUACCAACACAGUUCAUGAAACCAAAGAAAACAAUAAUGAUACUAAUAACUCAUAGGGUUUCUUGUCAAAUGCAGCUCUUCCCAACGGUAAAGGAUGUUUUUCAGUUUUUUUAAUUACAUACACAUAUAUAAAUUUAUGUAUGUAUAGGUACAUAUACAUAUCUAUGUAUGUAAAUGUAUGUAUACAUAUGCAUAUGUGUAUAUGAGUGUAUCACUUCCCCAGGGUAUUCACUAACUUGAAAUAUCUUUAUCAACUCUGGCAAGGAGAAGUUUAUGAUUUCAUACAGGUCUAGACUUAGCCAAUAAUGGUUAAAGCUGUCCAUGUUGUUCACAGAACUUAUCGCUAGCAGUCAUCCCGCUCCAUCAUGUCAAAGGAAGUGGCUAUCUAAUGGCUGUUUCUCUCUUCUUUAUAUGGGUGGCGUUUGUGGGAAGGUGUUCCUUGGAAAAUAUAGACGGUUCCCAUUUCCUGCUCUCUGGAGGGCUCCGCUUAGGGUUCUGAGGAAAGACUCAGUAUCCCAGGAACCCCACAGCAGCAGGUGCUGCCUGCCAAGAGACCUCAAUAUUAGUUCAGCCAAGAGCACUGCCUUUGGAAAGACAGGAAUAAACUAUGUGCUGCCUGAAAUGUUUGCAUUUUUUUUGAGUCAAGUUUCAGAAAAGUAGUUCCAAAGUACAUAGAUUCUGAAAUGCUCGAAUAAAUGAAAAGCCACUAAAUCACCAUCUUGAAAAUGAACUUUUCCCAACCCCUCUCCCUCAUGAACCAUACUCUAACCUCUCCCCUUAUUCAGAAAACUAAAGGAAAAUAUGUUGAAAAUGGGCAUCGGGCACUGCCCAUGUUCAGGGUGAGGUCUCUACCCACCCGAUGUCCUACUCUCCCUUCCUCAUGGAGCUGCCUAGGCAGUGCUGCUAUCUAUCUUUAAUAAAAUUUUAAAGAAUAAAGAAAUAGUUCAACUUUA